AUGGACAUGGACGUAGACGUGGACGUGGACAUGGACAUGGACGUGGACGUGGACGUGGACGUAGACGUGGACGUGGACGUGGACGUGGACGUGGACCUGGACGUGGACGUGGACGUGGACGUGGACAUGGACAUGGACGUGGACGUAGACAUGGACAUGGACGUAGACGUGGACGUGGACGUGGACGUGGACAUGGACGUGGACAUGGACAUGGACGUGGACGUGGACGUGGACGUGGACAUGGACGUGGACGUGGACGUGGACGUGGACAUGGACGUGGACAUGGACGUAGACGUGGACAUGGACAUAGACGUAGACGUGGACGUGGACGUGGACGUGGACAUGGACGUGGACGUGGACGUGGACGUGGACGUGGACAUGGACGUGGACAUGGACGUGGACAUGGACGUGGACGUGGACAUGGACGUGGACGUGGACAUGGACGUGGACGUAGACGUGGACGUGGACGUAGACGUGGACGUGGACAUGGACGUGGACGUGGACGUGGACGUGGACGUAUACGUGGACGUGGACGUGGACGUGGACGUGGACGUGGACGUGGACAUGGACGUGGACGUGGACGUGGACGUGGACGUGGACGUGGACGUGGACGUAGACGUGGACGUGGACGUGGACGUAGACGUGGACGUGGACGUGGACGUGGACAUGGACGUGGACGUGGACGUGGACGUGGACGUGGACAUGGACGUGGACGUGGAUAUGGACGUGGACGUGAACAUGGACGUGGACGUGGACGUGGACAUGGACGUGGACGUGGACGUGGACGUGGACAUGGACGUGGACAUGGACGUGGACAUGGACAUGAACGUGGACAUGGACAUGGACGUGGACGUGGACGUGGACGUGGACGUGGACGUAGACGUGGACGUGGACGUGGACGUGGACAUGGACGUGGACAUGGACGUGGACAUGGACGUGGACAUGGACGUGGACGUGCACAUGGACGUGGACGUGGGCCUGGACGUGGACGUAGACGUGGACGACGUGGACGUGGACGUCGAUGUGGACGUGGACGUGGACGUGGACUUGGACAUGGACGUGGACGUGGACGUGGACGUGGACGUGGACAUGGACGUGGACGUGGACGUGGACAUGGACGUGGACGUGGACACGGACGUGGACAUGGACGUGGACGUGGACAUGGACGUGGACGUGGACGUGGACGUGGACGUGGACGAGGACGUGGACGUGGACAUGGACGUGGACGUGGACGUGGACUUGGACUUGGACGUGGACGUGGACGUGGACAUGGACGUGGACGUGGACAUGGACGUGGACGUGGACGUGGACAUGGACGUGGACGAGGACGUGGACAUGGACGUGGACAUGGACGUGGACGUGGACGUGGACGUGGACGUAGACGUGGACGUGGACGUGGACAUGGACGUGGACGUCGAUGUGGACGUGGACAUGGACGUGGACAUGGAUGUGGACAUGGACGUGGACGUGGACAUGGACGUGGACAUGGACGUGGACGUGGACAUGGACGUGGACGUGGACGUGGACGUGGACGUGGACGUGGACGAGGACGUGGACAUUGGAUACGUGGACAUGGACGUGGACAUGGACGUGGACGUGGACGUAGACGUGGACGUGGACGUGGACGUGGACGUGGACGUGGAGGUAGACGUGGACGUGGACGUGGACAUGGACGUGGACGUGGACAUGGACGUGGACGUGGACGUGGACAUGGACGUGGACAUGGACGUGGACAUGGACGUGGACAUGGACGUGGACGUGGACGUGGACGUGGACGUGGACAUGGACGUGGACGUGGACAUGGACGUGGACGUGGACGUGGACGUGGACGUGGACGUGGACGUGGACAUGGACGUGGACGUGGACGUGGACGUGGACAUGGACGUGGACAUGGACGUGGACGUGGACGUGGACGUGGACGUGGACGUGGACGUGGACGUGGACAUGGACGUGGACGUGGACGUGGACGUGGACGUGGACGUGGACGUGGACGUGGACGUGGACGUGGAGGGUUUAGGGUUUAGGGUUAGGGUUAGGUUAGGGUUUAGGGUUUAG